CCAAGAGAAAAUGAAACAUAGAUAUAGAGGAAGGAGAAUGAAAAGGAGGGAAACUUCGAACUAUAUGGUCUUUGCCCACUGAAACUUGUGGGCAUACUCAAAUUGUAAAUGUUGAAUGCUUCCCUGUUAAGUAGCAAUGCCAAUCUGAUUCAGACUCUCAUCUCUUUCCUCGAUAAAUGCAAGUCCAUCUCCGAGCUUAAGCGAAUCCAUUCCUUGGCCAUUGCCUUUGGUCUUGCCCAAUACCACCCAUUUCCCUCUCGAAUCCUGUCUCUCGCCGCGACCUCUGUUUUCCCCGACGUUGACUACUCCCAUCGGGUUUUUCGCCAACUCCAACACCCAACACUCUUCAACUACAAUGCCCUCAUAAGGGGUUACUCCAAAAGCAAGAAUCCAAGUAAAUCGAUAGCCAUCUUCGUCGAUAUGAUGCUAGUUGGUGUCACACCAGACCACUUAACUUACCCUUUUCUCGCCAAGGCGUCUGCCCGAAUGGGAGACCCUCAACUUGCGGGUUCUGUACAUGGGAUCGUUCUAAAAGCUGGGUUUCAAUCGGAUAGAUUUGUAGCGAAUUCUUUGAUCCAUAUGUACAGUUCCUGUGGGAAUGUAGUGCGCGCGCGCAAGCUGUUCGAUGAAAUGCCUGAGAAGAAUUCGGUUUCUUGGAACGCCAUGUUGGACGGGUAUGCCAAGUGUGGGAACUUGGGUCUGGCGCGGGAAGUGUUUGAGUUAAUGCCAGAGAGGGAUGUUGUGUCGUGGAGCUCUUUGAUUGAUGGGUAUGUUAAGGGCGGGCAGUACGGAGAGGCUUUGGCGAUUUUCCAGAGAAUGAAGGUUGUGGGGCCAGAGGCGAACGAGGUGACUUUGGUGAGUGUUUUGUGUGCUUGCGCCCACUUGGGUGCUCUUGAGAUCGGGAGGAAGACGCAUCGGUAUAUGAUUGAGAAUGCUUUGCCGUUAACUCUUGAAUUGCGAACCUCGCUCGUGGACAUGUAUGCCAAAUCUGGUGCGAUAGAGGAGGCUUUAGUAGUGUUUCGUGGGGUACCACUGAAUCAGACCGACGUUUUAGUUUGGAAUGCAAUGAUUGGAGGGCUUGCCACUCAUGGGUUUGUGAUGGAAUCGCUUGCUUUGUAUUCAGAAAUGAAGAUCGCGGGAAUCAUAGCAGAUGAAAUCACAUACUUGUGCUUGUUGAGUGCUUGUGCUCAUGGAGGGCUAGUGAAGGAAGCUUGGUUUUUCUUUGAGUCCCUAAAUAAAGAACGAAUGACACCAAAGAAUGAGCACUAUGCUUGUAUGGUAGAUGUUCUGGCUCGUGCGGGCCAAUUAACGGAAGCAUACCAAUUCUUACAUCAAAUGCCAAUCAAACCGACGGCUUCCAUGUUCGGUGCGUUGUUUAACGGUUGUAUGAACCAUAGAAAAUUAGACCUUGCAGAAAUAGUGGGAAGGAAGCUCGUUGAGUUGGAGCCGGAACAUGAUGGUAGAUAUAUUGGUCUGUCGAAUGUUUAUUCCGGUAUCAAGCGCUGGGAUGAAGCAAGAACAAUGAGAGAAGCCAUGGAAAGAAGAGGAUUGAAGAAGUCUCCAGGUUUUAGCUUUGUAGAGGUAUGUGGAAUACUCCACAGGUUCAUUGCUCAUGAUAGAACUCAUCCUAAGUCUGAACAUAUCUAUAUGAUGUUAUCCAUUAUCGUAAACGAUAUGAAAUUUGAUGCUGAAUUCGGAAGUCCAGAAUGUGAGUUAUAUGAUCAUGAAUUUUUAUGAAUUUUUUAUUCUUCACUCUAUAUUGCGAUUAUGCUCCAACUUCUUGUUACUCUGUCCUAAGAGUGUGUUUUCUUCAUUUUAAA